AUAUAUAUUAACAUUGCAAUCCUGCUUUAACGCCCCUACGUUGAUUUCGCGACAGAUGAGCUGCGGAACAACCAGCUAGAGGUCGUAAGCCGUAAACCAUACUGAACGCUAACCGCUAGGUGACACAAUUUUCUUGCGUUCUGUUUACUCAGGCGUAGGGGUAAGGUAGGCGUAUAAAUACGGGCCAUGAGCAAGCGAAAGCGCCAUGCUGGCUUUCUGCUGAAUGACGAGGUUCCCGAUCUUCAUAUAAAAUUAAAAGAUCGGGAUGCGAUAACUCCAGUCCAUAGCGAAGUUCUUUGCCUGUUCAGCAAGCUGGUCAGGGACAUGCCGAAGGUCCCCGACGGCAAUCCAACCAUUUGGGACCUCAGUGCAGUUGUUCUCGAAGGGAUGUCAGAACCCGUGACGGGCGCCACUGUGGAUCUGUGGCUAGACUGCGUCUACUCCUGCGUCGACAGCUCGCGCCGCUUCAAGCUGACGUCAAGCAACCUCGAGGCAGCAAGGCCGCUGCUGCAUUUUGCCGACUAUGCUGGCAGCGCCACGAUUGUCUUUGAAAAGAUAACAAGCAGCCUUGUGGACAACCCAGAGUUGUGUCUCACGGUGCUCACGGACAGCGAGCAGGGAUUAAGCGAGGACCUAGUGCUACGCGGCUAUCAGUACUACUUCUUUUCCGGCGAUCUAUAUGAGGUUCAACUGUCAAGCGGCAACGCCGAGUCCGGACGAAGCGUUACCAUGGAAGAGCCUUGCCGGCAGCGCUUCACCUCGGCCGUGUGCAGCAAGCUGGAGGAGUGGCUCUACCUGGCUGGGCGGCUGGCUCUGGUGCCGCUCGUGGAGUUGCUGCUGGCCUUCAUUAAGCUGCAGCUUUUUCCCGGCGACUGCUCCAUCUUUGCCGCAUGCAUUGGCAGCGUCUACAGCCCGCGCGUUCUGCAGGCUAUACCCACCCCGGUGCUGCUUGCAGGCUUUCUGCGGGACAGCCUAUGCCACCGACCCAGCGACUUCAACCUUACUGCCAGCGACGUAAAGGCUGAGGUGAAGUCCGCUGAGGCCAAAAAGUGGUUUGGCGAUACGGCCGACACCAAGUACCAGCUGCGAAGACGCGCAGAUGGCUGCAGCAUAAUUGACUUAGCGGAUGAGAAUGUUGAAUGUGUUCUGCCCGUCCGUGUGUUGGUUGGCGGCAUGACGGAGGAGGCAAGCGCCAAGGUCGUGCAGGAGGUGCUCUCCAAGGUGCAGGACGCGGACUGAGGCGCACCCGCACUCGUGGGGACGCUUGCGUCAAGGGCCUUACUUGCCCUAGCAUACACGAGACUGUAUGACUGCCAGUAAGCGUGUUUUGAGCUGAUAUGACUCGUACAGGGGCAGCAUACAUGCGGCGGACGGGUGUUGUGGUGUGGGGUGUACCAUAGGUUUGAAUGUGCGCUUGGUGCAGUGGCUCGGAUGAUGUGCUGUGCAAAUAACCUCGUACAUGCUUUAUACUAAGCACACAUAAUUGUUGUUGUACUUAUCUGUGCGGUGCAUUGGCUAUGGUAACGCUACUAGGUAAUAACGGCGUGCUGUUAGGGGUAUGCAUUCCAUGUAUUGUACGCACAAACCUGAGUUUUGACCCAGCAGUUCCGUCAGCUGUUUCGUUAACGUUAAAACCGCAAGUCAUGGGCGGGGUUCGGAAGUCGCCGUGAAGAUUUGGGCCAUACGUUGUCCAUUUGCAGUACAGCCAUUGUAGUCGAUAACGUGUUGUCGUGUUAUGGACCAUUGCAGGGUUUCACAUGCCAGCCACUCAUUGCCGUACAGCUGUGUUGUCAGGCUUGCAGGUUGUUGCGCUACACCGGGCGCCUUUAAGGAAUGGACGUGGGCUGUGUGCGUAGUUUAGUUGAGGUAGUUGCAGGUGGGGCGUGCAUGGUGACAGUACCUGCAACCGUCAUACAUUGUCUUAUCCUAGUAUGUCCGAAGAUAUUUUAAUCUACCCGCUACAUCCCGUCAAUGUAUUCCCAGCUCCUGACACCACCACCGAUUACUCCAG